CUUGCGCAGAUAGUGCUAUCAGCUCUGGGCACAUUGCUGUGGCUCGGCAGGCGUUAGUGCAGUAAGAGAGCGACGAGCUGAGUUGGAGUCGGGCGGAGCUGUAAACCGAGCCGAAGUUGAGGGGUGAAGGGGGGCACGGUGUGCGCCGCCCUACCGCUACACCAUGCGGGACUACAGCGACAGGGAGAGAGAGAGUUCGCUAUGUAACAGUCCAUUAGUUAUCACCAGGAGGUAUUAAUGCUCAUAAUCCAGCCGGUAUCGUGCAGGACUGCAGAUCUUCCUUCUUUUGGCACACUCUGACAGCCUCUGUGGUCUAGCUUGCGUUUCCAUCGCACAGUUCCAGCGCUAUGGUCUAAAGUGGUGGUACAUAUGAGCCUCAAACAAUGUCUGUGAAGUUGAAAUUUGUCUCUCCUGCUGAUGGCCGAGGGGUCACAAGAAGUCGAUCCUUUGCUGGCUUCAGCCCACUGGCUUCCACAAAGAGCAGGAACUACACUGUUUGUGGUACUUCUGUGCGAUCGAAGAUGUCACCUGUCAAAUCUGUGAAAGUCUAUCCCCCUUUGCAUAAAGGGUCUGGUGGAAUGGUUCCGCAACCUCAGCAGGUGGAGAAAAUAGUCAGGGCCCUGAGAAGAGGCUUGAAUGAGUAUCUGGAACUUCGUCAGAUUGAGCUAGAUUUCUUGACUUCUCAACAGAAGGACACAAAACGAAAUUCACGACUGGCUUUUUUGUAUGAUUUGGACAAGCAAACUCGAUCUAUAGAAAGGUACAUACGCAAACUGGAGUUUCACAUUAGCAAGGUUGAAGAGCUCUAUGAAUCAUAUUGUUUACACCGCAGACUACGAGAUGGGGCCAGCAGUAUGAAACAAGCCUUCUCCUCCUCUUCACGCUCCACAAAAGCAUCUCGAGAAAGUCUUGUGGAACUUCACAGGAACUUUAAGGAAUGUACAGAAGAUAUGUGCAUACUUGAGGGAGCACUGGAGACGCACUUAGGGGAAUUUUACAUUAGGAUGAAAGGGCUUGUUGGCUUUGCUCGUUUAUGCCCUGGGGACCAGUAUGAGGUUUUUCUCAAACUGGGUCAUCAGAAAUGGAAGCUAAAGGGCAAGAUAGAAGCAGAUGACAGACAGUUAUGGGAUGAAGAAGAGGUCGUUUUUGUACCAUACCUCCAUGAAAACUUUGAAAUAAAAGUGACAGAAUUGCGAGGACUGAUGACUAUUUUAGUUGGAACUGUGACAUGCGAUACAGCAUCUUUCUUCUCUGCACGGACACAGAUAAUGAUUGUUGACAUAACAGAACUGGGAACCAUCAAAUUAAAACUGGAAGUCUUAUGGGACCCAUUUGACUCUGGAGAGAAUUAUUCAUAUUAUGGAACAACGAACAAGUUUUCUUUGGGAAGCAGGAAAGCAUCUGUAUACAGCUGGACUCCACCAAACAGUCCUAAUUUCAGAGAGAAAUAUUAUAUUUCUGUUCUACAGCACCGCAGAGACUCUCCAGAUAUGCUUUCACUUAUAGCCAAUGAGAUCCAUGGUUAUUCAAUGCUUAGUCUGCUUACUAACGGGAGUUGUAAGUCACAUUCAAGGACUACAAUUCAUGACAAAAGUGAAACACUGGAAUCUGUGAGCGUUGAGGCAGAGAGAGCAGAAACCAGUUUUGAAAUACUAGACAGUGAGACUGUGCCACUGACCACAUCAGAAUUUGUUCCUACAGACGAACGAAAACAAGGACAGUCUGCACAGCAAAGAGGGUAUCAAACGCCGGACAUUUUGAAACAAAGUGCAAUUAAUCACAGACAUCAAACCACAUCAGUCACACAGCCGGUAUUAAAUAAGGAUGCCAUUGGACAGAGCCACUUGAAGAAGCAUCAUUUAAACCAUAAUUUGUCUGUAAAUAAUACUUGCACACAAAAUACUACAUUUGUUUCUAACCACGGGUUAAAGGUAGAUGGAGCUGCAUAUUGCAUUGGGAAGUUACUUCUAGAAGUACUGGAAAAGUUAAAGACACCGCAAGAACAGUGGAAAGAAUUAUGGUGCCUAGAACAUCAGCUCUUGUACAUCAAAGCCAGCUUAAAGUCUAAGGUAUUGCAGCAGAGAAGCUCAUCGAUGGAGAGUUUAACUGUUGAAACAGCGCUGGACAGCUUUAACUUUCUGGACACACAGUUCAGUGAUGAUCUUUCCAGUCUUGGUAGCAUCAGACUAAGGAACACACCUACUGGCACACUGCAUGAAGGCACACUUCGGAAUUUUGGCAUGUUGAAAGACAGCUUAGCAUCUGGACUCCGAGUACCUGAAGAACUUCCAUUAACUACAGAGAAUGACAAUGUAGACAUGACUUUGAUGAUUCAUCUGCAGGUCUGCAAUCGUCUCCUACAGGAGUUGGCGUCAACAAAAUUAGCAAACAGUGUUCAAAAUAUUGUUGAGGAACUUUCACACCAGACCGAAGUUUUUGAGAAACUAUAUGCCAUUUACUUGGAGAAAGCAGGAAAUGUCAAAUCAGCUGCAGAUGUUGUUCCAAAGACAAGGAAGCUGAAAUCUGCACUGAAAUUCUGGAAUGAAUGCACAUACUCAGGGACACCGCUAUACUGCACAGCUGACAGAAUGGAAAGACGGUUCCUACUGAAUUUUAAGGGCAAAAUAAAAACAAAGUAUCAUUCCUAUAUAGACAAAGUGUUCAAAAGAUUUGUGGAACAGAUCAGCACCUCCUGUGGUUUGCUGUCCUCCUCUGCUUUCCCAGAUGUGAUUACACUAUUCCAGUUCUGCAGGUACUUGAAUAAACGCUGUGCUAUGGGUGUAGCAGAGCAGCUCGACAGGCUUGCAAAGGAGGUAUCCCUAAUAGAAGCUCUGCAGUCUCCAGGAAGAUUAAAAACCUUGAAGAAACUGAAAGGGAAACAAAUUUCACAGCUUCAGCCUUUGCAUCAGACACUGAAGCUACUGUGUGCCCUUCAGCUGGAGGAAAAUGUCAGGGUCUCCAAGGCAGCAAAAAUGGGCCUGUUGAAAGCAUCAGCAAAUAGAUUUUUUAGAGAAAAGGGAGUAGUGUAUUACACAAGCUUAUUGAAAGACAGAGACGUUCGGUUGCAGCAGGCUGCUUGUUUGGCUCUGAAGCUCUUGAAGGGUGUGGAAAGUAUUGAUGAGAUUGCUAGUCUCUGUCAGUCAGAGGAUGAAGAUGUCAGGAAUGCUGCUCGUGAGGCUGUGCUUUCCUUUGGUGAAAAAGGACGUUUGGCUUUUGAAAAAAUGGAUAAAAUCUGUUGUGAAUUGCAGGCAUCACUUCAGGAACCUGAAACUGAAAUUACAAUAUUAUGAACUGUUGCAUAAGAGGCGGCUAUCAUUGCAUGAUAGCCAGAGUAAUGCUCAUCGUUUGCCCUUCACGAAGCACAAACUAGCACUUUUAUCAACUGAACUGUUUAUUUCUACAUGCACUGUUUUUAAUGUACAGAUAAACAUAUAUAAUUAAGGAACAUGUCUUUUAAUAAAGCACUGUUGACUCUU